AUGGAUCAGGUGCAGCAGAAGCCCAGUGUUGGUGAUAGAUGGGAAGAUAUACAAGGUAAGCACUCUUGGGAAGGCCUGCUUGAUCCUUUCGAUUCCACUCUCAAAUCCGAGAUACUCAGGUAUGGGGAUUUCGCAAGGGCAUGUUAUCGUGCAGUAAUAAACGAGCAACUUCGAGAAGGAAAUUUGCUGUUUCAGAAGUCAGAUAAUUUGCAGGGUUGCGGCUAUGAAAUUACCGAACACAUAUAUGCCAGUGUUCGCCAGUUGAGGUCCUACAGGAGUGGGGAGCCCAGAAAAACGACUGUUUGGAUUGGGUUCAUUGCCGUUUGUACUGACGAAAAUGAAAUAAGAAGAAUUGGACGGCGUGAUAUAGUGGUUGCGUUUAGAGGGACCAGUAAAGGACGAGAAUGGAUCCAAAAUCUCAAAGACGUAGCAGUUCCUUUGCAAGGCAUACCUGGCAAAAAUUCAAAUUGUGACGUUAGGAUAUAUAAGGGAUUUCUUGGGUAUUAUGAAGACAAAGGUGAAUUCAAAUGUGGCAGCUGCCCAAGAGACACUAUUGGGCGUAAGAUUCCAAUGUUAUUGGAAAGGUAUAAAGGGGAAAGGUUGAGCAUAACAGUUACAGGACACAGCUUGGGAGGUGCCCUCGCAACAAUGAGUGCAUAUCAUAUCAAACUACUGCUAGAAGAGAUUCGAGAGCCUUCAACACCCGUCACAGUCUUCACCUUCGCCUCUCCUCGGGUGGGUGACCGAGCCUUCGCUGAUCAUAUGGAAGAGAUUGGAGUUAAGGUGCUGCGUGUGAAAGUGAAAAGGGAUUUGGUUUCUCACGUUCCUGGAGUUAUUCUGAAUGAGAGGAGACAUAAGCUAGGGGAAUACAUUAAAACGAAACAUUCUUUUAAAAAAUGGGCUUUCCAUCAUGUGGGCACUUUGCUUUCGCUCAAUAUUCUCUCAUCCCCCUAUUUGAGGAAGAGGGAUAAAUUUUUUCAUAAGCACGAUUUGAACAUUCAUCUCCACUUAAUCGAUGGUUAUCAAGGGAGGAGCCCGGCUUUCCAAUCUUCAAACAGAGGGAUGAAGUAUCUCGAGAAGGAAGAAGCAUCUGAAGAAGAAAUAUCUGAAGAAGUUUAUUAG